AUGACCAGGAAGAUCUUCACCAACACCAGGGAGCGAUGGAGGCAGCAAAAUGUCAACAGCGCCUUUGCCAAGCUGAGGAAACUUAUUCCCACCCAUCCACCAGACAAAAAGCUGAGCAAGAAUGAGACACUACGGCUUGCUAUGAGAUACAUCAACUUCCUUGUCAAGGUGCUGGGAGAGCCAGGCCUGCAGCAGACAGCAGUGGCAGCACGAGGCAGCAUCCUGGGAUUCUUCCAGCAAGCACCAUGCUUGCAGAGUAUGGAGGAGCUAACUCUCAUUGAAAGCUGUGGUGCCUCUUCUCCUAGCAUGAGCAGCAACAUUGCAGAAUGCUGGUCAGAGACUUCAUCUCCUUAGCAGAGAACGAGAGAUGCAGUCUUGGUGUUAGUCUGAUAGUCACUAUCUUUGUGGGUUGCCUCUCUAUGUACAAUGAUG